CGUCACAUGCUAUAUACAGUAUUCGAAUUGUAGAUAUGUAGCCUGUGUUUUUGCUCCAAAAAAGUGACUAAUUUCUUCCCCACUUUGAUUUAUCUGCUUUCUUUAGUUAAGUCACAUGUUGUCCGAAGUGACCUAGUGGAUAUUAAGUGCCAUGUUUAAGUGUAUUCCCAUUUUCAAGGCGUGUAAUCGCCAAGUGGAAUGGGUUGACCGGAGGCACUGCAAUCUUCAGUCAGUACCUGAUGAUGUUAUGCGGUAUACCAGGUCCUUGGAAGAGGUUUUCCUGGACGCAAACAGUAUAAGAGAACUUCCAAAGAACUUUUUUCGUCUUGUUCAACUGCGAACUGUUACGCUGAGCGACAAUGAGAUCUCCAAAUUACCACAAGACAUAGCUCAGUUGGUCAAUAUGGUCGAGCUUGACAUCAGUAGAAAUGAUAUCGGUGAGAUUCCAGAAAACAUCAAAUUCUGCAAAAAUCUUCAAGUCUUGGACAUCAGUAGUAACCCGCUUGUUGUCCCCCUGCCUGCUGGGAUUACACAGUUACGGAACCUGACGAGACUUGGUCUAAAUGAUGUGUCACUCUCAUAUCUCCCUAAGGACAUCGGCAGUCUGACCAACCUGACUCACCUGGAGCUGAGAGAGAACAUGCUGAACCAGCUGCCUCCCUCCGUGUCCUUCCUCAUCAAGCUGGAGAGCCUCGACUUGGGAAGCAACGAGAUCGAUGAACUGUCGGAGUGUGUUGGUUCCUUGCCCAAUCUUCAGGAGCUCUGGCUCGACUGCAACGACCUUCAAGUACUACCUCCGAUCGUAGGCAACCUCAAGAAGCUCACCCAGUUAGACGUGUCUGAGAAUGUUCUAGAAUUCAUUCCUGAGGAGAUCUCCGGGCUCACCAACCUCACGGACCUCUGUCUGUCACAGAACAACCUCGAGAGGCUGCCAGAGGGAAUAGGUCAGUUAAAGAAGCUGGGCAUAUUGAAGGUGGAUUCCAAUAGGCUGAUCGAGCUCACAUCACAGAUCGGAAACUGUGAAAACUUAGAAGAACUUAUCCUCACUGAAAAUUUGCUGUCGGAAUUACCGAACACGAUCGGUGAGCUACGCAAGAUGACCAACUUCAAUGUGGACAGAAAUCGGCUGACAGAGAUCCCGGUCGAGAUUGGGAAAUGCAAGAAGUUGGACAUUCUGUCGAUGAGGGAUAAUCUGCUGUUACGAUUGCCCCAAGAGCUUGGUUAUUUAAAGGAGUUGCAUGUCCUUGACGUGUCUGGUAACAGGCUGGAGUAUCUGCCCAUCACAGUUACCAAUCUGAACCUAAAGGCGCUGUGGCUGUCCGAGAACCAGGCCCAGCCGAUGCUCAAGUUCCAGACAGACUUUGACGAGAGGACCGGUCAGAAAGUGCUCACCUGCUUCCUCCUACCUCAGCAGGCUUUCCACACUGAAAGCAUGGAGAAUCUGCUGCAGGGCUCCAUAGCGACUGACAGGGACAGCCGACUGAGCUGGAAGGAUGAGAAACCAGAGAAAGUGCGGGAAAGUGUCAUCCGCUUUGUGGAGACCGAAAAGGACGAGGAGGAGGAGGGUGAGGGUGACGAGGAUGAUUUUGAUAAGCCGUUUGUUCGCCACGACACGCCACACCCCAAGGAGCUCAAGGGCAAACAUCCGAAGUUCAAGGCCACAAAGGGCAUAGAUGGCCAUGUGAUUCCACACCAUGAAACGAAGAAUCAGCCAAGCUCCUUUGUACCUCAGCGAGACAGUAUGAUAAACGCCAUGGAGAUCGAGAUUCCACCUCCUCCAAAGCGUGAGAAGCCGCCACCGCCUGAGCGAAAGUCAUCCAUGCGUGAAGACCAGGUCAUUGUGCGAGCCCCCGAGCUGGAGACCAAACGGUUCGACUCUGAGCCGCGUCAGUACAAAGACGAGACGGACUACAACUACAACCGGUCAAACGACGAUGACGACGAUGAGGAGCCCCCGAAGGAGUCCCAGCCUUUGCUAAGGGAGGUAACGAUCGUCACGACAACCAACACGAUUCCUCAGCAGCCUGUUGGAGAGGAGGAAUGUGACGAUGAUGCCGAUGAGGAUGAGGAUAAUCAGGAGACAGACGAGGAUGAGGAGGAAGAGGAUGAUGAUAAUCGAGGGGAUGAAAUUGAGGCUGAAGACGAAGAUGGAGAUGACACAAAUGACGACAUGUACAUGGAGAAGCGAGUGGGCUUCACUCAGGACUUUGAUUUUGACGAUGAUGACCGCAAGACUCCACUUCGUCGUCGCGACACGCCUCACCACAAGAAGGGAAAGCGGAUCGUGAUUAGUGACGACGCAAAGGACAAAGUGCUGGAGAUUUUGGCUGCGAAGAAACAAGAUGACGACCAGGAGAUGGUAGAAGAGGAGUACACGGUGCACAUUCAUAGAGAGCCCGGCAUGGGGUUGGGUAUCAGCAUAGCAGGGGGCAAGGGCUCCACCCCCUACAAAGGGACAGAUGAGAGCAUUUUUAUUUCGCGUGUAUCGGAGGAUGGCCCAGCUGGACAGGCCGGUAUCAAAGUGGGAGACAAGCUGCUAUCGGUGAAUGGCAUCACUCUACACGACUCAGACCACUACGAGGCUGUUGACGUGUUGAAGGGCAGCGGCCAGGACAUCACCAUGGUGGUCGGCAGGGAGGUGCUUGUUGCUAGGAAACCAGACAACGAGGAGGAAGAGGUGGAGGCAGAGGAGGAAAAGGAAGAAGUGGAGGAGGAAGAAGUUGUUGAGGAGAAAGCAGAAGAGGAACUGGAAAGCGAGCCACAAAUCUCUGAGGAACCAGCAGCACUCCCUGUCAGUUUCGCAACGGUCACUUUUGAGCCUGAGCCGGGAACCAAAGUGUUCACAGAGAAGGUGAAGACGACCUUAUUUCGAGACCAGGGGGGGCUCGGAUUCAGCAUUGCAGGAGGGCGAGGCUCAGUCCCCUAUAAGGGCAAUGAUCAUAAAUUUUACUCAUUUCUGGAGGCCAUAUACAUAUCUCGAAUCACGGAUGGUGGACAGGCGUACAGGGACGGAAAGCUACAAGUUGGGGAUAAAAUAGUGGCAAUUAAUGGUGUGGACCUGACAGAUGCGCGCCAUGAUCAAGCAGUAAGCCUUCUAACAGGCCCUGACUAUGAGAUCAAACUCGAGGUAUGCCGCGAGAAAGUCGUUGACAAAAACGAGGCAGACAGUUUGCCACCAACGUACCAGGAAGUGCAGAACGCCUCCAUACCACGCAUUAUCUGGAAUAAGACUGUUGACACAACGAUUCCAGCAGAGACUAUUAUGUUCAGCUCCUCAGCCCCUUCUCAGCGUGAGCCAAUCACGAUUGACGUCAGCCAUAAUCAGCUGCCCAGACUCGCUGGUGUUGCGGGCGUUUCUCCCCGCAUUUUAGAACAGUCCAACUCCCCCGACCUAGGACCCCUUCCCCCGCCUCUGCCUGCAGCCCCGGUCCCGAAGUUGUCCCCAGUUUCCCAUGACCGUGUUACACCAGUGACCGUUACACACACACAUUCACAGCCGUCGCCUCAUCAUCCACCCUCCCCUUACGCGGCCGCCAUUCCACCCUCUUCUUUCAGCCACCCCUCUCAGACGUCUCCCUCCCAAGCGAUCCAUCCGUCGUCAUCCCCAUCGUUAAGUCCACAGGCUUUAUCAUCGGACUGGAGUUCGCCACCAGCGGCCAUCCAACCGCCGAAAUUCCAAUAUCCGGGAAUCAAACGCCCAGCAGGUGCCCGGUCUUCAGCGACUGAGAACCAACUGGACAAUACUAGCACUCAAGCUUUCACAAAACCCGAUACGACUUUUGACUAUAGCAGUUCCAUACCACCAUCAGUUGUACAUAGUGUAACCAAUAAUUCAGCGACCGUUAGUGAUGCUCGUGUGAACGAGAACAAUUACAACUCCCCGAGUGAUCGGGAAACGCCCUCGGGGCAUAGGACUUUAACGGUCGAGCGACAGAGUUUGACGUUCGGUAACAAAUCAUCAAAUAAACCGCUGGAUAACCACAUUCAUGGGAAUGUUUCUGUUAGUAAUAACAAUGAGGAUAAAUACCCGCUGGAGGACUGUGUGAUAGUAAAGGCUGGUGGGCCACUAGGACUGAGUGUCGUGGGUGGUAUCGAUCACUCUAGUUCACCAUUCGGGGAGGAUAAACCUGGCAUCUUUGUUUCAAAGAUCGUACCGGACGGGGCCGCCUCACGCACCAACCUCCGUAUUGGGGACCGUAUCCUGGAGGUCAAUGGCAAGGACGUUACCGGCGCCACCCACCAGGAGGCCGUCAUGGCGCUCAUAGCCCCCACCUAUGAGAUCCGAGUCAGAGUCCGGCAUGAUCCACCACCGAAAGGCCUGCAGCAUGAACAUUUAUUUGGUGGCACAUCCAAUCACCUGGAGGUGACGGUCAACAAGAAACCUGGCGAGAAACUGGGCAUGUCAAUCAAGGGGGGAGUGAAAAACUUCACCGGGGAUGAGGACAGUGACGAGGGGAUCUUCAUCUCAAGGAUCACUGAUGAUGGGGCGGUUGCCAGGGACAGCAGGUUGAAGGUCGGUCAGCGGAUACUGGAGGUGAACGGUCAGAGUCUGCUAGGUGCCACCCACCAGGAGGCUGUGCGCGCACUGCGCAGUGUAGGCGAUCGACUCGUUAUCAUGAUCUGUGAUGGUUUUGACCCGGCCAGUCUGGAUGAGCCGUCUCCAGACACGCCCAGUUCCCCGCUGGGCUACAUCCCACAGAUGAGGCGGGCCUCUGUCUCAAGUAUUGAUAAAGAGGACGCUGAGCAUCUGCUGAUUAUGAAGGAAAGAGAACUCUUGCAAGAAACUCGCCAGUGGGAGAAGGAAGAGUUAGCCAGACUGGAGAAGCUGCGUCAAGAACGCGAGGAUGCCUUGAAAAUGGAGGAACAGACAAAAAUCUUGAAGCAAGAACAUGAUCAAAUCAAAGGUUCAGAGACAAAUGAACUAAUUUCUCAGUUUGACCCCCAGGUGCCUGACGAGCCUGCCCCAGCCAGCGUGCUACCCCCACCCCCCACUGCCACGGUAUCGGUAGCCCCUCCCAUGCAGGCCCAACCCACUAGCAUAGCUCCACCCCCUUCAUUGGAAAAAACUCCAGAAAAACGCAUGGCCCUGACUUCGGAGGGUGUUUCAUCAGCAACUAUUGAGACUGCCCCCAAGGUUGUGGCUCCACCUUCCCUAGGACCUACAGUCACCUUGGUAACCCCGCCCAGAGUUGUUGCCCCGCCCCAAAAGUCGGAAGCUUCACCCUCUGUGACCACACCCUUGAUAACAGGGGAGGUGACUCCUGUGAAGCCGCCUCCUCCGCCUGUGGGCUCGAAACCGGUUCUAAGUAGGCCCAAAGCAACACCUCCAGUGCCCCCAAAGCCUUCAACUAAACAAGUGCAAGACACACAAGCCUCCCAAGGAUCUCCAAAGCUUGAAACUAACGUCGUCCAAGUCACCCAAUCUCCCAAAAGCAUUCCCAGGGGCUCAAAACCGCCAAUUUUAGCCCCUAAACCGGGUAGUGUAACCCCUCGGACGGACAUAAACGACAUUCUGAAACAAGCGAGAGUGCCUUCUGCAAAGUUAGUCGAAGAGGAGAAAGUGGAAAAACCUACGCCUCCUCCACCGGUUUACGGAGGUCCGAAGCCCAUUGCUCAUGGAGCGUCGUUCAACACGAAGAAAAAGUUCUUCGAAUACGAGAUCGUCGAGCAGGCAAAACAGGCAGAGAAAUCUCAGGCUUUUGUUGGUUACAAAAGGAAUGAUAAAGCUGACAAGAUCAAAAACAUGAACAAGGAGGAUCUGCUGUCCAACACAAGCAGUGGGGAGGAGGAAUACAACAAAGUCUUGUCCAGUUUUGGGAUAAGUCCCCCAAAUGUGAUGCGCACCCUGGAUACAAGCUCCCAAAAUACUUCAAAUACCCCUUUGGAGCCCUAUUUGGGCUCUCACUCGGAACAUAAAUUGUCGCCCGCCGAGGAACGAGCCCGUCAGGCAGAAUUUAGGGCAGCGUCCAGGCAGGCCAGGAUGAAGGACCUGGAGGAUGACGCUAUCCGGGCGCAGGCCGUGAUAGCCAAGGCCCAGGAGCUGCAGAACGACGCAGCAGCCAAUCAGAAUGGAGAGGCGCAUACUGAGGUGACUAAGCGACACAUCAUAGAGCUCAAUAUAGAUGAAACAAACAAUUCUAGUGAUAACAGGUAGUGCCCAGCUGUGUGAAACUCGAUUGUGAACAUGUUGCCUGUCAAGUGUUUUUAUUUGGCCUGCUCGCUGGCUGUGUAUAUGUGUUACACAAGGGCGGCAGUCUUGUAUGUUGUAUAAAUGCCUUAUGUCUAAGUGAGAACUAAAUUAACGUGUCACGCCAUAACUGGGGCAGGAUGCAAUAGAGUUACCAGAGGGGAAAAAUGCAAAAAAUUGUUAACAGAUUCUAUGGACGAAGCUAGCUUGCUGGGGAAGUUGUUAGACAUUAAGAAGGAAUAUAAUGCUUUCGUGCAGAUUUAGAAGUUUUAACGCCUAACACGGAAGCAAUGUUGCUGAAUUUAAUGGGGGCUUCUGCUGUUGAAAUAUUGCCACUGACUGAAGAAUACAGCAGGGAGUUUUGUGAACUAUUUACACAUUUUUAGACUUGGAGUGAUGAGCAAAUGUUGAUGUUAUGAACAUUAUUAUUAUUGUAAUGCAUUCAAACAAAAUAGGAAUAUAUGAAUAAUUAUAAAAAAUAGUGUACAAAAUGUAAUUAGUCCUAUGAAAAUGUGAAUAUAUGUUCAGUUAUUUAUUGUAAUCUGUGGUAUUAAGUUUUGCAUAAGAAUGCUAAGAAAGUUUUUAAUGCGUUAGUGGUUUUACUAUUUUACAAAAUGAUCUACCCAAUAGAAACUGCAUCCAUACAUUUCUGACUCACAACCAGAAAGUGCUAUACGUUUGAUUGCUCACAUGCAUUCUUUUGGGUGUCGUAUCAGAUAUUGACCAAAUGGAAACACUUCUUACAAGUGGUGCGAAAACAAAUCCAGUGGCUAAUUGUUGAAGCCUUGAAAGGUUGGAAUGUCUGAGAUAAAAAUCAACAUCUUGACGGUAAAAAUGCUUGUGUUUUCAUAUGUACAUAUUUUGCUUGUGCAUUUAAUGCUCAAUAUCUUGAAAAUCAAAGAAAAACACAUUUGGUUCAUUACACUGUCAUAACUUUCGUACAAAUUAUUGUCAUGUUUUAACUUCUUUGUGAGGUUUUAUUUUUCCAGGAUACUGAGUGUUUCAUUGAAUUGCCUUUUACCUUAAUUUGAGCCUUUGAACGAAAAAAAUCCCCUGUGUUUUAUGAGUAAUUUGAUGUUAUAAUCAUAUGCAGAUUUAUGAUAGACAAUCUAUAAAUACAUGCAGAUUGAAUUGUGAGAUAAAUAAUAAAUGAAUCACAUGUGCUAGCCUGUCAGCCAUGUGUUUUUGUUGACAGUUCAUUUAAUUAUAUCAUAAAGCACAAACAAGUUUUUUUGUUAUAAUGCCCUUCUGGAAAUGUUCAAUGAUAUUGCUUUCUGCUUCAUAAAAGGACUGUUCUGUAGUUGGGCUUGUUCAAAUCUUGUGUUACCUAGCCUGUUCUGUAGUUGGUCUUGUUCAAAUCUUGUGUUGACCUAUAGAAAUCAUGUUAAACGCUAUUUUGUAUUGAUUUCUUUUUCAGUGCUCUGAAAAAGUUGCUUUCUUUUUCACCAUGUUUCUACAAAAUAGCAGAUUAACAUUUCUCCAUAUAACAUAAUUAUGUUCGUCCUAGUUCAACUUUAAGAAUUUCGACAGUUUUCGACAAUUGUGUAACCUUAAGCCUUAUUUCGAAGUAAGUUUUCCUUAAAGUUGUAGAUAAAUUUGGAAUUUUACUUUUCGCCACCACGACUGUGGUUGUGUCUUGGAUUGUUGAAACUUGAGUAAUGAAAAAUAUGUAAUACACUUUGAAAGCCUUUCAUAAUAGUUGUAUUAUCUACCAGUACAUGUAUAUUCAUAUAUCCAUUAUAUAUCUGUGUAUUUGUGUUAGUAAUCCACUGUUUUGAUACAUCCGACAGAUUAAUUAUAGGAAACUUGAUUCUUGCCAUUAAUUUUUUACCUGCAUGUGGUAAUUUAUUUAUUCAAGACAUUGCACUUAAAAUCCUGAAAUUCAAUUUGUAAAAUAAACAAAUUCUAUUAUAAUUAUUUUACCAAAAUAAUUUUACAAAACUAAUCAUUUAUACUUUUUUUAAAGCAGAAAAAUAUGUUUUGAACUUUCUGAAAUACUAGCAUCAACUACAUGUUUCUGAGUAUUGCAUUGUACAUUUAAUAUUAACAAGGGGUUGGUGUUGAUUCUACAGUGAAAUUCAUGAUACAUAUUCAUGUUUAAGGUAUUUCUAAACAUUACGUCCUUUAACAAUAUUUGUUCGUUUUCGUACAUACAGUAUUCUUUUGUAUUAAUUACAAGUUUCAAUAUCUAUUUAAACAUACAAUUACUGUUAGUGAAGAUUGCGAAUCUUUAACAAUCCAACUUUUGAAUAAUAAUCGUUUAUUAGUGUAUGACGUCAUUUUCGUAUUUGGCUGUCCUGAGUUUAUUCUUUGCUUGUUACUUAAGGACGAAAAUUGUUGUUUCUAUGGUGCAUCAUUUACCUUACUUUAUAUAUGUUUUAUUACUAUGAAUUAAGACAGUUAUAGAAUCAAGUUAGCCGAUUUUGAUUUGCAAUAAAAUUAAGUGUUAUUUAUUACAUUUUGGUAUGCAUUGACAUUAGGAAGAUAAAAUUAAAAGUGAAUGAAACACUGUUCUAUUUGUUGUGUGUUUAACCCUUUCAGUUCGGGAACCGAAUUUUGAAGGCCUGUGCAAACAGUUUGGAUCCAGAUGAGACUCCACAGAACGUGGCGUCUCAUCAGGAUCCAAACUGUUUGCUACUCUGAUAGUAUUCUUUGAAAAAAAAUUGAAGAAAAUGCUAAUUUUAGAAAUCUAGCAGACGACAAUUUAGCAGACACCAAAUUUCCCAGCAUGCAAAGGGUUAAUGUCAUGAAAAGCAGGCAUUAUGAUUUACUGGUUUUGUGUCUUAAUUUACAACUGGUGUUACUUUUGUGCCAUUAAUUGGCUUCUUGUAAAUUAAAGGUAUUGCUUGGUAAAUAUGACAUUUAAUAAGAUAUUUUUAUUAUACUGACCUAGGAUUCUAAUUUGUUGAUGAUUCUUUGGCCUUCUUGCUUGUUUGCUUGAUGCACAAAUAUUAAACAGUAUUUUACCGUUAAAUGUUUUCUUUGUAUUCAGUUUGUUACAAUGUUUAAUAUUGUACAUGCUUUUAAUUUUUUAAUUGUAUUAUUUUAGCUUUUUAAUUUCAUCUCUGUUGGACAUGGCCUUUUAAUAGAUUUUAUCUUAUACUAGAGUUUUAAUAUUCACAAUGUCUACUUAACACCGGCAUUUGAGUUCAAAAUUGUAUAAAGUGUAUACAUGUAGUAUAUAAUGUCCUUUAAUAUUUGGAGUCUCUUUUAAGUUAUAUGAGGUUCUUUGUACAUAGAUAUGCAGUGUUCAUAAACAUUAUAAACUAAGUCUUUCUUGGUUCAUGAUUUAAAUCCAUUAAGAUUUGUUUACAUGUCCAGAAUUUAGGUAUCUCACAAUGCGUUUAUUAUAAUGCAAGGUCUUGAUUUUGAUCAGUGCGUAACCCCUCGUGCGUUGAAACUACUAUGUCUUACAUAGGUAUAGAUAUAAAAGCUAUUUCAUUUUGAUGUUCUGUUACAUCAGACCCUUAAUUCUAUUAAAUUAUUUAUCAUGUUUAAACAGGAUGAGCUUUCUUCAUAUUGAGUCAACUUAAGUCUGUCAAAGUUACCACAAAUGUAAUGUGCACAUUGUGACAAUAUUAGCAUGAAACCUGCUGUUAUCUCUCACGUUUUAUUACAGGGACAAUUAAAAGUAAUGGGAUUCACGCCAGAAUCAAGUAUUCUAUGUGCUAGUACAAUGUUAUUAAAGAGGAAAACAAAUUUGAACAAAAAUUCUAUCUAAGAUGCAUUUUUAUUUAGUUGAAAGCAAAAAACAACAACACAGGUUUCUCACUUCGAACAAAUUUUAGAAAGAUACAGAGAAAAUUAAGUUGGAUUCAAACAAAAUCAGGCAACAUAUUGUAAUAUUCAAAUGCAAACUAUAUUAGUAAUAGAAAUACUUUAUGGGGUUGUUGAUUCGAGACCGAACAUUUUACAUUUUGUGUAUGUCAUGUUACAAUUUACAAUAAACAUAGUUAUUGAAACUAUUAAAUGGUGAUAUAUUAAUUUAGUACACCCUUUUUGGUAAUCUUGUGGUAAUUCAUAAAGUUUAAAUGAAGCAAAUAGUUUAAAAUGUCAUAUCAAAGGAUCCUGCAUAAAGCACUUCGAGACUUUUCAAUACAUAAAUAACAUCAGUUGGUAAAGAAUUUGUUUAUAUUUGUACGUUUGAUAAAAAUAAGUGUAGAUCUAACUUGUCCAAUACAAUUUAAAAUAAAAAAAAACAUUUUAUAGUGUUGUUAUUAAAAUUCUGAUAUGUUCAUGAAGUAAAACUUGUGAAAAGACAUAUGCAUCAAUGCAUGGCCACUGAGUGUGAUAAACUGUAAGGUAUUCUCUCAAGCUAUUCAUAUGUGAUGAGGCUUUGUUUAAUGUAUUACAUAUCAUUUGUAUUUUUGUCAGCUUUAAAUCUCUUUCACAUGUUCUAGAAACCUGUAUUUGAUUCAAAAUGUGUACCUUUUCCUGUACUGAUUGUUUUUGCUCAUUAAUGUGUUAACAACAACAAUUAUCUUUCACGUAUUCUUAUUUUUUUAUUGUUUAAUAUGUAUAGUCUUGUACAUGGAAAAUAUGCUCAUGAUUUUCAGUACUGAUAAUAAUGAACUAUUUUAGGCGCAUUAACACAAUGUGACCAGCAAAGACAAGUUUAAAUAUAUUAGUUCGGUUGUAACAGAACAUUAUGAAAAAAUAAUUUUUUAAUUGUUGUAUGAUCAAGCUUUUAUAUACUGGAACUUUCUAUACAGAUUCAACAUCAUGUGCUGACUGCAGCUUAUUUAUAAAAGUUUUCUUUUUUUAUAAAUUGUCUUGUUAAUUUCAGGCAUUGGUUGUUUCAAAUUGAUAAUCAUUGUCUAAACACAUUUUCACUAAAAUACGCUAUACAUUUUACUGAUGAUAGGAGAUGCAAUUCAUGAAUACUAAUAAAGACAGCUAGUUGGUUUCCAAUAUGCCCAAUUAAGCAGGGAAAUUCAGCCAUUCCGACACAUUUUCAAAAUAGUUAAAAUUCAGGUGAUGUUCUUUUCAUCAUUAUAUAUUGGAAUGAAGUUUAAUUAUCAAAUUGUAUCCAAGGCGAACAUUUUUAAUAAAUAUCAAGUGUAAUAAUUAAACAUGCUUUAAAGACCUAAAAUAAAGAUAACAAUUUCCUCUGACAUUGCCAGUCGCGUCAAUAAUGUUUAUACUCAUAAAAAGUGUAAAUCCAACUGUAAUAUAACAUGAUUUCCUUGGUUGCGAAAUCAACUUAAGUAGACAUUUUAUGCUGGUGUGUUUAUAUUACAUUUGUAUUUAUAUUUCAAUAAAACAUGUAACAAUAUGGUUUGUUGAAAAUUUGCUGGGUUGAAUUGUAAUAAUACCAUGAGUUUGUAUGCGCAGAUUUGUAGCAUGUAAGGAUACAUGUAAGUGUUUCUAUGUGUUACAUGUUUUCCUUUCGAUUGUAAUAGGGAAAGUCUACAACUAGUACCCUUAUGAUAAAUAUUAUUUUAUCUAUUGUUAUCAUCCACAUAUAAAUCUGUACAAAGUAUAAUUCAAUAAAAUAUUAUGAGCCAUU